AUGGAAUUCAAGAUGAGAGUGUCAAUCAUCACUCUCUCGGCUCUAUGGCUGUUCAUGCCGCCAACGUCGUCAACGACGACUUUUCCUGACUGUGUCAAUGGACCACAAAUUCUAAUUACGAAUCUUGUUUGUAAUACUACAGCCUCGCCAGCGGAUAGAGCAGCAGCUAUCGUCUCAGCUUUUAAUAUCUCGGAGAAACUGGUCAAUCUUGUCAACACAAGUCCUGGUGCACCACGUAUAGGCCUGGCUGCUUACGAAUGGUGGAGUGAAGCUCUUCAUGGUCUCGGUUACUCCCCAGGCGUGAACUUUUCCCUCCGUGGAGAUUACUCCUACGCAACAUCUUUUCCUAACCCUAUCACUAUGUCGGCUGCUUUCGACGAUGAUAUGAUCGAAUCAGUAGCUACCAUUAUCAGUACCGAGGCAAGAGCUUUCAGCAACGCUGGUCGAGCCGGCUUGGAUUUCUGGACACCGAACGUCAAUCCAUACAAGGAUCCAAGGUGGGGUAGAGGAGCAGAGACACCAGGAGAAGAUCCAUUCAGAAUCAAGGGCUACACCAAGUCGCUUCUUCUUGGUCUGGAAGGCGACCAAAGCUUCAAGAAGGUUAUUGCAACGUGUAAGCACUUCGCUGCGUAUGACUUGGAAAAAUGGAACGGCGCUGUACGAUAUGGCUUCGAUGCUGUUGUUGGCAUGCAAGACCUUGUCGAAUACUAUCUACCGCCCUUCCAGCAAUGUGCCCGUGAUUCCAAGGUCGGGUCAAUCAUGUGUUCAUACAAUGCGGUGAACGGAACUCCAGCUUGCGCGAAUACGUACUUGAUGCAGACUAUUCUACGUGAACACUGGGGCUGGACCGAAGACAACCAGUACAUCACGAGUGAUUGUAAUGCCGUCCAGGGCUUCUACGCCAAUCACAAUUUUACAGCCACUGCGGCUCAAGCAGCUGGAAAGGCAUACACUGCUGGAUGUGAUACUAUCUGCCAGGUUGGACACAGCAUUGAUGUCACUAGUGCACACAACCAGUCACUACUUUCCGAAGCGACAGUCGACCAAGCACUGAGUCGAAUGUACCAAAUGUUAAUCAGGGCAGGCUACUUUGACCCUGCGGAAGCUACACCAUAUCGAUCAUAUGGUUGGGGUUAUAUCAACACACCUCACGCUCAGCUUCUAGCUCUUCAAGCGGCAGCCGACGGCAUUUUAUUGAAGAAGAACAAUGGGGUUCUGCCUUUGAGCAUGACUGCCAAGCCAUCCCUUGCACUUAUCGGCUUCUGGGCAAAUGCUACUACUCAAAUGCUGGGUGGCUAUUCUGGACGACCGCCGUACAUCAACUCGCCUAUCUACGCCGCCCAACAGCUUGGGUAUCAAACUUUUUACGCAACUGGCCCUCUUGCACAAACUUCUUCGGACAAUGACACAUGGACAAGUGCUGCUCUGGCUGCUGCUAAACAAGCUGAUAUAAUUGUGUACUAUGGAGGGACUGAUAACUCUAUCGCAGCUGAGGAACUCGAUCGGUAUAACAUUACUUGGCCCUCUGCUCAACUUUCGCUCCUUACUGAGCUCUCUGCACUUGGAAAACCUCUGAUCGUCGCCGAACUGGGCGAUCAAGUCGAUGACACUGCUCUCCUUGCCAACCAUAACAUUUCUGCGAUCCUCUGGGCAGGCUACCCUGGCCAAGAUGGCGGGACUGCUGUUCUCAAUAUCUUGACAGGAACAACUGCACCGGCUGGAAGACUACCGGUGACAGUAUACCCCGGAAAGUACGUCAACCAAGUUCCAAUGACCGACAUGAGUCUUCGCCCGAGUGCUACGAACCCUGGGAGAACUUACAUGUGGUACAACGAGUCGGUAUUGCCAUUUGGAUAUGGACUUCAUUACACGACUUUCAAUGCCUCUUUUGCAGCCUCGACACAUUCCUACGAUCAGAAGAAGUUCAGUAUUCAAGAUCUGAUGAGUGCUUGUAAUGAGACGAAACCGGAUCUUUGCUCGUUCACAUCUCUUCCCCUGUCAGUCUCAGUGCAGAAUACAGGAAAUGUGACAUCGGAUUUUGUGGUCCUGGCUUUUCUUUCUGGAUCUCAUGGACCGCUUCCGUACCCUAUCAAGAGAUUGACGGCGUACACGAGACUCCGAGGCAUUACUGCCGGGAACACGGGUACAGCUGAGCUAGUAAUGACGUUAGGAAGUCUAGCGAGAGUGGAUGUGAUAGGAAAUCUGGUGUUGUAUUCUGGGACUUAUAAGGUGUUGUUGGAUGUGGAUGGUGUCGAUAGUGUGAGCUUUGAGUUGGUGGGCACACAGGUUGUAUUGGAUUUGUGGCCACAACCGAACGUUUAG